AUGACAACAAAUUAUCAAUCUUUGUUUAGACAUUACCUUCACCACCUUCCCCUACAUGAGCAGCAUGAAGGUGAUGCGCCCACGGAUAAUACUACAGAGGAGGCUCAGAUUAUUGCUCAUAAGUUGGACGUUCCGGAAUUUUCCAACCUUCACCACAAUGUUGCACAAAAUAUCCCCUCACAAGGCUUCCAUCUUGAUAAUGAUUUAGAUCCGAAGCACAAGACUCCAUCAACGGCCGCUGACUUUCAGAGCUCUGCCAAGCUUUCACCCACAUCAAAUAAAUUUGGUCUCUCCAAUGUGCCGGAGACAUUUGAUUACAAUGAUGAGGCUUUUUCAUACAGGACGAACUAUUUGGCGACCACAAUGUUCAAUGCAGAUGUUGAUAAUGAGCCACACAAUUUACAAACUUUAGAUUACUCCAACGGUUUGAAGGCUGAUUUUAGAAUGCAACACCCACAUUUUUCCGAUUCUUCAAGCAUGAAUUUGGAUUUACCACAUCCAAUAGAUAGCCACUUCCAUAGUGUUCAUGGUGACAACAUCAUAAGCAACAACAAUAACAAAACUAGGCAUCUACGCCACAAUUCAGCCCCAAACUUUCUACAAAAUGAUCAGUUUACAGAUGAAAUGGGAUUGGGAGUUACUACAGCAAUACCCACAACAAAUGAUCUCAACUACAAACAUAGCCACCAUGAGGAAGAGGUGGCAAGCAAUGUGUCUACCAACUCCUUGAAUCAAUAUUUUGCCACACCAAAUUCAUCAAUUAGCUCAGCAUCGUCUAGUACUUUGGCAACAAAUUACCAUGCUGCAGGAUCAGCAAUGAGUACAGACAAAGACUUGAUGGGUGAAGGGUCUUUUCAGUCGCAAAUACCUCUGGUGCCUCUCCAGCCGCAUACCAAUGCCAUGGUUGACAAACAAGUAAGGAAGCACUCCAGUACCAUUCCAGUUGAUCAGUUGACUUCGUUGACUUUGCAAAAUUCUCGCAAUAAUCUGCUUCUUGGCCCUUCCAGAAAGCCAUCGCUUACUUCCCUAGACAUUGACCAAAUGCAACAACAGCAACAGCAGCAACUUGAAGCGCAAGCAAAUGCCGCAAACCUGUCACACCCUGAUUUCACUCAGAGUAUGACUACCAAGAACCCCUCACUGUUUUUCAUGAACCCAACCUCGAACUUGGUCAACUUAGACGCAAACACUUUGGCUUUAUCGGCAGCGGCAGCUGCAGCUGUGUGUGCCGACUCGGUGACUAACUUCAACACUUCAGUGGGCGAUAACGAUGGCGCACUUGAUUUACAGCAACAGCAACAGCAACAGCACGAGGGGACAGUGAACCCAAGCCAGUUGUUUUCGCCCAAAAAGUUAACUACCUCAUUCAGCACUCCUAGCUUAUCUUCAAUGGUUGGGGUCAAAAGGAAUGGGCUUCAACAUUUUGAACAAAAUGUCAGCAUUUCACCUUCUCAAUUGCAUUUGAAUGAUUCACCCAUCCUGCCAAACAAUUUACCAGUGGUAUCACAGCUUGGUUCCGCCACGUUUCCCUCGCUACAUAACAGAAGCUUGUCCACGUCCUUUGUUGAAUACAAAUUGAAUGAGGGUGGUCAAAAGAUCAAUGACGUUGAUCUUGUUAGUUCAGAUUUUGAUGCCUCUGGGAUAUCAAAAUUGGAAAACACAAUAAGAAGCAAUGGUGUCUCCAAUUGGGCAAUUGGUAAAAAGAGGUCCUACUCGCAUGCAAGUGGAAUGCACAGGAGUCGAAAUAGCUCGAGAAGGAACUCAUGGCAAACCUUGCCAAAGGGAAAGCAAUAUGCUGGGGUUUCACUUCAACAACAAGAUCACUUUGCCCGUGCGGUAUCGCAACAAUUGGAGGAGUUGCAAGAGCAACAACAGAAUGGGCAACAACAGGGUGGACAAACAUUACCAAAUUACAUGCAAAAUCCACUAGUUGAAGGGGACAACGUGUCGUUGCAACUCUCCCCUACUGCAGUACCAUUUGCCAAUGACCAUAUUGAGAGUUACAAUACAACUGAUACUGCUAGUUCUAGUUUGCAGACGAAAACCAGGAGAAAGAGCUCUGUCUCCAAGUCUGGCUCCAAGUCUGGCUCCCAAACGCAACAACGUUUUGUAAAGAAGCAAUUGAACAAGGAGAUCGCAAGUCAACAACAACAACAACAACAACAACAACAACAACAACAACAACAGCAAGAGUCACUCGACAGAAAGCUGACUCUAAAAUUAACAUCUCCUGCAAACCUCAAUGCAGUAAAUACAAAGGAUGCCAGUUUUUCUUUUGUCCCGUCCAAGCUGGGUAAUAUUGAUCACACCAAUAACGAAUCAAGUACACUUUCAAGUUUGCCGGAGAUUGAAGCAAAGGGACUUCUUUCUGCACCAGUUGUGCCCAAUGAAAAUGGANACAACAACAACAACAACAACAACAACAACAACAACAACAACAACAGCAAGAGUCACUCGACAGAAAGCUGA